AUGGCAGAUGAGAAUCCAGUCCAGGGUCUCUGUGAGGAAACAACUUGUUCCAUUUGCCUGGAAUAUUUCAAGGAUCCAGUGAUCAUAGACUGUGGUCACAUUUUUUGCCAAGCCUGUAUCACUCGGUGCUGGGGGGAGUCUGAAGAAAACAUUUCCUGCCCUCAGUGCAGAGAAACUUUCCAGCAAAGGAACUUCAAACCAGUCCGGCAACUGGCAAGUAUUGUGGCAAUAGCCAAGAAAUUCAGCCUUCAGAUAGCCAAAGGAGCAGAAGCGUUGGGGCAAGUCUGUGAGCGGCAUCAGGAACCUCUCAAACUCUUCUGUAAAGAUGAUGAAACGCCCAUCUGUGUGGUGUGCGACAAAUCUAAGGAGCACUGCCAACACAAAGUCAUUCCUAAAGAGGAGGCCUUUGAAGAGUAUAAGGGUCAAAUUCAGACCAACUUAGAGUUUCUGAAGAACAAAAAAAGAGAAAUGUUGUCUUCACAACAGAGUGGGGAAACUGAAAGCCAGACUCUUUUGGAGCAGACAGAGAGAGAGAGGCAGAAAAUUGUGGCUGGAUUUAAACAACUGCGCCAGUUUCUGGAAGAACAAGAGUGCCGCCUGCUGGCUGAACUCAAAGAUCUGGACGAUCUGAUUAAAGGGAAGAGGAAUGCCCAUGUCGACAAACUUUUUGAGGAAAUUUCCUCUGUAGACAUCCUUAUCAAGGAAAUGGAGGCAAAACAGAAGCAGCCAACAAGUGAAUUCCUGCAGGACAUCAAAAACUUCUUGCAGAGGUGUCAAAAGAAGAAAUUUGUGAAGCUAGUAGCUUUUCCUCCCGGAUUAAAGGAACAAAUUAGGAAAUUCUCCGAAAUAAAUCCUUUUCUGGAUACCGUGAUGAAGGAGUUCAAAGUCACAGUUCUUUCCAAAGCAAAGAAAGAUGCUGUGCUUGCUGGACCUCAGGCAAAGAAAGCAAAUGUCACUGGCAGUGGAACCUGUACAAUUCCCACACUAGUUCUAUGGAGUUCAAGUGGCUUUGGCCAGCAGAGCUCAUCAUAUAGGAAUUCCUCGCACGAUCCCAACAACUUGUCUUGUUGGUCCUAUGUCAUGGGAUUUGAGAGAAUAAAUUCAGGAAACUAUUCCUGGGUAAUUAAUAUAAAGGAUGAAAAGUUCUGGGCUGUGGGAGUAGCCCUUGAGGAUUUUCGGGGGGACAUUGUGAGUUGUUUGGCCCCUGAGGAAGGGAUUUGGGCUGUGGGGAAGUCAACUGACAACUGCUUGUAUGCAUUCAAUUCUUCUGGGUCACAAAAUAUAGUAUGUCCCUGGUCCAAUAAUUGGAGGCGUGCACGGCGCAUUGGCCCUUGUAACACUACAACGAUCCACGUGGACCUGAACUAUGAACAAGACUCAGUGACAUUUUCUAAUGCUGCCGACAACAGUGUCAUCUAUAUUUUUUACAAUGCCUCUUUCUUCGGGGAGCAAAUCUCCUCCUUCUUCUCUGUGGGAAAGUGA